AGUCUUAGAAUUCUGUUUUACAUAUGUGGACCAAGUUUGGAGACGAUCCUUCCAUAAAUAUAGAAAAUAGAUUUUGACCGAUAAGGUCCCCUUAAAAAUACAUCGUCAAUCAGAAACAUGGAGCCAGUAAUUAUUCAGUGCCAAUUUAUUAGUAAUUAGGACCCAAAAGUUGUAGUAUAAAAAAUGUAUGUUCUUGUAUUUGGUAAAUGUGAUUAGGUUUUGUUACUUAGUAGCAAAUUAACUGUUUCACCCCCUUGCACUCCUUUUUAUUCACCUCCCACUACAGUGUUUUUCAGUUGAAAAUUAUUUACUUGAUAAUUUUUGGCAAAUAGGUUAUUUAGAGAUAAAUUAUUUGUAUAACUCCAAGCAUGACUCGACAUUCUCGCAACUGCACUGCCAGUUCUGUUUACUCAUACCAUGAGAAGAAAAGAGAUGCUGAUGCCUCAGGGUAUGGGUCAUUAGCUGCUAGGUAUGGCAAGGAUGGCAUCAAGGACUUUGACUGCUGUUGUCUAUGUCUCCACCCCUGCAAAGAUCCUCUUGUAUCCUCUGAGGGCUACUUAUUUGAUAGAGAAGCUGUUCUUGAGUACAUCAUCAGCAAGAAGAAUGAAAUUAGAAAAAAGCUAAAAGAGUAUGAGAAGCAGUGCAAGAAGGACCAGGCUGAACUGCACGAGUUGGGUGCUGCAGAGGAGCGUAGCAGACUUCAGAAGUUUCUGCAGAGCCAGGACCAUCCUGCCAGCAGCAGCAGUGCCAUCUCAUCAGCAGCUGGCAGCAGCAGUGGCAGUGCUACCAAAGAUGCAGACUGCCCAUCCAUCAGUAACAUGAAGGGAGAUCUGGCCAAAAAACUGCCCAGCUACUGGAUUCCUUCCCUCACCCCCGACAACAAACAGACACGGAUACCUAAACCUGUUGACAAGGUUUUAUGCCCAAUGAGCAACAAGCCUCUGAAGAUGAAAGAUCUGGUGCCUGUUAAAUUCACCCGCAUCGACCCUAACGCCUCGUUCUCUUCACUGGAGGGCCACAAGGAGCGUUACAAGUGUCCCGUGACGGGUGACGUGCUGCGUAACGCUGUGCCGUGCGCCGUGCUGCGCCCCACGGGUGACGUCGUCACCAUGGAGGCCGUGGCCGUCAUCAGACGGGACAUGAAGCACCCGUUGACGGGCCACACCCUGACGGAGCGAGACAUCAUCCCUCUGCAGCGGGGCGGCACGGGCUUCGCUGCCGCCAACGAGACGCUGGCGGGCAAGAAAGCGCGACCUGUGAUGCAGGCUUAACCUGGACCCUGGACCUGUGAUGCAGGCUUAACCUGGACCCUGGACCUGUGAUGCAGGCUUAACCUGGACCCUGGACCUGUGAUGCAGGCUUAACCUGGACUCUGGUUCAACCCGAACACUAAGGAGAAGUGUCCUGAAAUUCGAUCGUCCCAAACCAUAAUGCAAUUUCCCAAAAAUUACGAGGUUCCACAAAGUAAUUCUAUUAAGUUCAUCAAGUAAAUCUAGGUUAAGA